AUUUGAUUACUAUUUACAUUUUGCUGAUACAUACCUUAAAAUAAGAUACAUAAGUCGGAGAAUUACGUCGGUCUAUUAUUAUAAGAUAAUAUUAUGAUUGUUUUGACUUUUGAAUGUUACGAAUUACAAUUAAAUUCAAUUUAGAGAUAAAAUUCCAAAUAUCAAAUCACGUAUACCGUUAAUAAUUGCGUAGUUAUUUCUUUGAGUGUUAUCGUAAUUUGUGAUCGUUGACUACAGUAGUACAAUAGCAUAUUAUUAUUGAGUUUAAUUUGUUUUUGUAUGACUGUUUUCUAUAUUAAAAUGUCAUCAAUGGCUAUCAAAUUCAGAUAUCAAUAAAAAUGAAAUACUACUAAAACAGUGCUCGUGAAUCGUUUUAGGUGUUCUAUAAAAAAAAAAAUAGGUACUUUGGUGCAGCAAUGUUUAAUAAAUUUUAAUACAUACCUAACAUUAAAUUUUAUUUCAACUUUAGUUACCAAUUUAAGAUCAAAUAUUUUCGUUACAAGAUUUAAAUCUACAAAUACAUUUAUCAUGGCAUCAACAAUUCCAUUGGAGGAUAACAUUAAUAUGUUACAACAAUAUGUUGAAUAUUUUCCAGACUUCCCUAAACCAGGAAUCUUGUAUAAGGAUGUAUUAUCAUUGUUAAGCCACAUCGAUGGAAUAAAAUUGUUGGAGAAAAUAUUGAAACAAAUUUCUGAUCAACUACGUGGCAAAGUUGACUGUAUAGCAAUGUUGGAGACUCGUGGUUUUAUUUUUGCUCCAAUACUUGCUUUACAACUCAAUGUACCAUGCAUACCUGUUAGUAAAAAAGGAAAUUUACCAGGUCCUGUCAUUGAAAUGUCAUAUAUUUUGGAAUAUGGAGAAGAUAUAUUGACAGUACAAUUAAACAGUAUUACAAAAGGACAGAAGAUAUUCAUAGUGGAUGAUUUCCUUGCAACUGGAGGUACAUUAGAAGCCGCUUCAAAGUUAAUAGAGAAAGCAGGUGGCGAAAUUAUACAAGGAUUAGUAUUGAUGGAAAAAUUAGAAUUAGAAGGACGUAAAAGAUUAAAUUUUCCAAUGAUAUCAUUAAUGUCUGAAUAAUUGUUGAAAGAAAUUGUUUAUUUUAUUUUUUUUUAUAUUUUACUAUGUAGUAUUUAAUAACUAUAUCUUAUUAGAUAUUGUUAUUAAUAUCAUUGUUAUUUACAAAAAAAAAAAAAAUUGUACCUUUUGCAUAAACACAAUAUUAUAUAAAUAUUCCAUAAUAUAGUUGUUAAAUAAUAGUGUAAUUGAUUUUUCCAAAAUAU